AUCAGCUGCCAUGAGCCAACGCCUCCACCCCAGGAAAAGGAGAAGGAAUGGCAAUGAAGAAGACAGUCACCUCCCUCAGCCCAAAUGGAGUAGCAGAAACCCUGUCUUUCAGGAUUCCUGGGAUACAGAGUCUUCAAGCAGUGACAGUGGUGGUAGCAGCAGCAGCAGCAACAGCAGUACCAGCAGCAGCAUCAAUAGUCCAGGCAGGGGAAGUGUUCAAGAAAGCAGCUUAAACCAGAUAAUUACCAGAUCCAGCUCUAAUACCCCUCAGUCCUUACAGGAGCAGUCUGCACUAUGCCAAGGCCCUUACUUCCACAUCAACCAGAUUCUGAAGGAGGCCCACUUUUAUAGACUACAGCACCGAGGACGACCUCCUACAUGAUGAACUAGCAGUUCCUUGCCUUCUGUGAAGGGACAGCACUGUGCAGAUUUGAUAUUUCAACUUUAAAAGUUUGUUUAAAAAUUGCACAAAAUAUGCCUGUUGACUUUUCAGUCUACAUUUGAAAUGACAGGGUAGCAGGCAUUUGUUUACUUGUGGUUUUGCUGCACUAUUGAAAUGUCAGAGGGGCUUUGAAGCCAUUUUUAUGGAUUUCUUUUCAGGGUGAGUAUCAUCCCAGUGAAAGUGACAGUAGGAGGAAACCAUAUCUGCAUGUUAAGAGUCCAUACUGGCUCCAUUUCACAUUUGGAAACCAAUUGGAAACUUCCUGUUUUGUGCAAGGAGUCCUUUUAAAAUCUUGGGGGUGGGGGGUAGGGUCU